AACCCUGGUCAUUGCCUGGGUCAGUGGCCCUUUUGUGUAAGUGCCUGGCGGGGAUGACUCGGCCAUUCCUGGGAGCACAGCUGCACAGAGCCAGAGCUGGGAGGAGGCCGCCCUCCCAGAUCCUCCCCUCAGGCUUUGUCAGAGGUGGGGGACAUGCACCCCGAGGGCCUCCGCUUGGCCUGACCCUGCUGCAGGGACACUCUGUCCCCAGUCCCGGUAGAGAUGGCCAGUUUUUUGAGCUCCUCUUUGCCCAGCUGCCUUCCCUCCCUCCUUCUCCUCUUCCAGCUGUCUUGCAGCUCUGCAGGACAGUUCAGAGUCAUAGGACCAGGCCACCCCAUCCGGGCGCUGGUGGGAGAUGAAGCCGAGCUCCCGUGUCACAUCUACCCCGGGAAGAACGCUACGGGCAUGGAGGUGGGCUGGUACCGGCCCCCCUUCUCCAGGGUGGUCCACCUCUACCGAAAUGGCAAGGACCAAGACGCAGAGCAGGCGCCUGAAUACCGGGGGCGGACAGAGCUGCUGAAGGACACCAUGGGCGAGGGGAAAGUGACCCUCAGGAUCCGGAACGUGAGGUUCUCAGAUGAAGGAGGGUUCACCUGCUUCUUCCGGGACCAUUCCUACCAGGAGGAGGCGGCGAUGGAACUGAGAGUGGAGGAUCCCUUCUACUGGAUCAACCCCAGCGUGCUGGUUCUCAUCGCGGUCCUCCCCGUGGUGCUCCUGCAGACCGCCGUGGGCCUUCUCUACCUCUGCCUGCAGCACAGACUGAGAGGAAAACUUCGAGCAGAGAUAGAGAACCUGCACCGGACGUUCGACCCCCACUUCCUGAGGGUCCCCUGCUGGAAGGUCGCCCUGUUCGCGCUGGUGCCCGUGCUCGGACCCCUGCUCGCCCUGGUCAUCUGCUACAACUGGCUGCACCGGAGACUAGCAGGUGCCGUGGGGGCGGCACGCGGGGCCUCGCAGCGGUGGGGGGACCCAGACCGCCUGCCUCCUCCCCAGGGCCAACUCCAGGGUCCUCCGCGGAUCCCGGAGGAGAGCCUGUGGGGCCGGUCGUCUUCCACCAGUCACGUCCUCCUUCCUUUUUUCCAGGGCAGUUUCUUGAAGAGCUGAGAAACCCCUUCUGAGUGACACUGCAUCUUGGUAAGGGUGCUGGACAGUCUGGCCCGUCCCAGCACCGGCCCUCAGGUGUGGCAUCCUCCGAGCUGUACCCACACUGGCCACUUCGCCCCAGGGACAGCCCAUCUCCAUUUCCAGGAAUGCUCUGAAUUCCAGACGGCCUGAGUCCUCUUCCAUCAUCUACCUUUCCUCGUCCCCGUUUCCCUACCCACAUUUGUCCUCCCCCCUCGUCCUCCAUCUGGAAGCCGUCUCUGGCCGUGGCCAGCCGGGCAUUCCUCUCUCUGACCGAGGACACCUGUGCUGGACGGUGACAGAGGCAGGACUGAGACCUGCAGCCUCCCUCUUGCAAAUCACAGUAUGCCAGCGUGGCCAACGGUGGUUGUUUCUCCCACGAUGUUGGUCCUGGGGGGCAGAGCAAAGGGAAGGAGCAGGAGUGCGAACCCCUGGAGCUGCGUGAGCGGCAGGCCAGGACACUGGCUGGAGUGCCAUCGGGCCCCCGGCCUUCGGAGCAGAGAGGGGAGCGAGGGCAGCGUCGAACACUGGCCUUGACUUCCACGUCUUGCGUGGACGGGUCCCCCCCUUUCUGUCCCGUCUUACCCCGUUUUCUCCAACAAUUACUACUUGAUGGUCUAUCAGACACAAACAAGGCAGGUGCUAAUAAUAAUACAAUUCUCG